UCAGUCACCUUUCUGACUUCAGUCCUGGGCUUCCUGCUGGGGCUUCCUCUCAGUCCCGUGACACCAGGGCCCCAUGAUUCUCACCCCAGAGAUGCUGCGGCUGCUGCUGCCCCUGCUGUGGGCAGGGUCCCUGGCUCUGUAUGAUGUACACCGGCUGGAAGUGCAGGAGUCCGUGGCGGUGCAGGAAGGCCUGUGUGUCCACGUGCCCUGCUCCUUCCAGCCUUGGGGCUACCGGGCCAGCUCUAAGCCAGUUUAUGGCUACUGGUUCCGGGAAGGGGCCAGCGUGUUCCAGGAUGCUCCCGUGGCCACGAACAACCCAGAUCGUGAGGUGCUGAGGGAGACCCGGGACCGAUUCCACCUCCUCGGAGACCCCUGGAAUAACGAUUGCUCCCUGGACAUCAGAGACGCACAGAGAGGGGACACGGGGACGUACUUUUUUAGGGUGGAUGGAGGGCCUUUUAUGAAAUAUAAUUACAAACAGGACCAGCUCUCUGUGCACGUGAUGGCUCUGACACAGACACCUGACAUCCAGGUCCAGGGAACCCUAGAAUCUGGCCGCCCCAGGAACAUCACCUGUGCGGUGCCCUGGGCCUGUGAGAGGGGGACACCCCCGACCUUCUCCUGGACUGGUGUCGCCUUCACCUCCUUGGACCCCAAGACCCCCCAUUCCUCAGUGCUCACCCUCUCCCCCGGGCCCCAGGACCAUGGCGCCAACCUCACGUGUCGAGUGACCUUCCCCGGAGCUGGCGUGAGUGUGGAGAGGACUAUCAGGCUCAACGUGUCCUAUCCACCCCAGAAGCUGACCAUCAGCGUGCUCCAGAAAGACAGCACAGGACCUGAAACUCUGGGCAACAGUUCAUCUCUUCCAGUCCAGGAGGGCCAGCCUCUGCGUCUGGACUGUGUUGCCAAUAGCAACCCUCCUGCCAUGAUGAGUUGGAAGCGGGGGAGCCUGACCCUGAGCCCCACAAAUUCCUCGAACCCUGGGGUCCUGGAGCUUCCCCAGGUGGAACUGGGGGAUCAUGGGAAAUACGUGUGUCGAGCUUGGCAGCUGUUGGGCUCCAAGGAAGCCUCCCUGAGCCUCAUUGUGAAAAAAACCCCACAACUGUUCGGUCCCUCCUGCUCCUGGGAGGACGAGGGUCUGCACUGCAGCUGCUCUGCUCGAUCUCAGAGGCCCUGCUCCCUGCGCUGGCGGCUGGGGGAGGGGCUGCUGGAGGAGAACCUCAGCAAUGCCUCCUUCAAGGUCACCUCCAGCUCCUCUGAGCCCUGGACCAACAGCUCCCUGAGCCUCAGUGAGGGGCUCAGCGCCAACCUCAGGCUCAGCUGCGAGGCCCAAAAUGCCCACGGGAAACAGAGUGUGAGGAUCCUGCUGCUGCCAGGGAGACCAGGACCCAGGACAGGUGUGGUUCCAGGGGCCAUCGGGGGAGCUGGUGUCACAGCCCUGCUUGCUCUCUGCCUCUGCCUCGUCUUCUUCCUAGUGAAGAUCUACAGGAAGAAAUCAACAGAGAAGACACUGAGCAGGGAUGGAGUCCAUCCUGCGUUGAGUCCCGUCUCCCAGGGUCACCUAAAUGAAUCCUGGUCAGACAGCCCCUCAGACCACUGGACCCCAGCUCCAGCUGCCGCCACAUCAGAGAAGGACCAGGAGCUCUGUUACGCCAACCUCGAUUUCCAGGGGUGGAGGUCGCACAACUUUCAGCACCAGGAGACCACCGAGUACUCAGAGAUCCAGAUCAGGAAGUGACGACCCCGCCCCCGCCCCCGCCCCCAGGAGCUGGCUGGAGCCCAGAAAACGCACCUCUGAGGAUAAUGUAUGUCAGGCACUGAUUCUUGAAGAUGUGACUGCCCUCUGAGCCAAAGCUUGUAAGUGGAAACCUGAAGUUACUUGGAGAGGCUGAAGGUCACGGUUAGAGAGUCCCGGGUUCAAAUCCAGGCUCGGGUAACGCUGAGGGUGUUCCAUCAGGCAAGUCAUCUCACUUCUCUGUGCCUCAGUUUUCUUCUAUGAAAAAUGGACAUAAUAUUCAUUAGGUACAUUGUUAAGUGGGAAAAUUGCACCAUGGGUGUUGUUAAGCACUUUGUUAUAUGUUCAGUUUACUUCGGAUUGGAGGGAGAUGUCAGCUUUUGGCUCUAUAGCAUACUUCUAUUUUGUAUGACUACUUUUAAGAACAUGUACUAUUUUAUUGUUUGUUUUUCUUUCUUUCUUUUUUUUUCUUGUCAGGGGAGAGCAAGCCAUGUAUCAUUUUUAAAGAGUAAAUUUAAAUGCAACUCUCUAGAUGGAGAAGGUAUUGCCCAAGAUCUAUAUCUAACAAAGGGCACCCAGAGUAUAUAGAAAAUAAAGAUCAAAGAGGGAGGGUAUAGCUCAGUGGUAGAGUGCAUGCCUAGCAUGCCUGAGGUCUUGCGUUCAAUCCCCAGUAUCCGCAUUAAAAAAGUAAAUGAAUAAACCUAAUUACCUCCCUUAAAAAACCCAAAAAACAAAAACAAAAAACAAAUAAACAAAAAGACUAUAUAAAGAUCUUCCACAAUCAGUAAAAAAAAAGGCAGACAACUCAAUAGAAAGAGAAGACAGUCAGGGGGAAGGUGUAGCUCAGUAGUAGAGUGUGUGCUUAGCGUGCACAGGGUCCUGGGUUCAGUCCCCAGCACCUCCUCUAAAAAUAAAUAAGUAGAAGCCUAAUUACUCCCCCCCAAAAAAAUUUUUAAAUAACUGAAUAAGAUAAAUAAAACCUAAUUACCUCCCCCACCCCACCCCUAAAAAAAGGAGAUACUCAAAUGGCCCAUUAUUAUCAGAAAGGGGUUCAACUUCAGUAACUGUCAAGGAAAUGCAGACUAAAGUCACAAUGACGGUGCCACCGCACAGCCACCACGUUGGCUAAGAUGGUAAAAAUAAUUAUCAAGGAAAUCAAGGGUUGAGGAUAUUGCAUUAUGUGAAAUAAGCCAGUCACAGGAAGACGAAUGCUGCGGGAUUCCAGUUCUAUGAGAUAUUUAAAGAAGCCCAUUUUGGGGGGUGGGGGGCGGAUAAUUAAGUUUUUAUUUACUUAUAGGACCUUGUGCAUGCUAGGCACGCACUCUACCACUGAGCUCUCCCCUCCCCUCCAUGAGGUCUUUAAAGAAAUCAAACUUUUUGAACUGGAAGGUGGAAGGACCCGGGGAUGGGGGCGGGAGGAGACUAGGCUCAGAGGAGAGACAGAUAGGAAGUUGCUAUUCAAUAGAUAGAGAGUUUCAUUUUUGCAAGACAAAAACAUUCUAGAGAUCUGACGGACAACAAUGUGCAUAGUUAAUGCUACUGUACUGUGCGCUUAAACAUUGUUAAGAUGAUAAAUUUUCCUUUUUUUUUUUUAACCACGAUUAAAAAAAAAAGUACUCUCUAGUGGUUACCAGGGGCUGGGGCCUGCGGGAGUCGUCGGACAAUUAAUGUUUACUAGGCAUAGCAUUUCCGUUUAGGAUGAUGAAAAAGUUCUAGAGAUGGAUGGUCGCGAUGGUUGCACAGUGUGAAUGUGCUUAAUGCCACUGAAUUGUACAGUUGAAAAAUGAUUAAAGUGGCAAGUUUUAUGUCAUGGGUAUUUUAUCACAUUAAAAUUUUUUUCUUAAAGAAAAGCAAGUGUUGGGUGGUGAGGAUAUGGUUCAAGUGGUAGAGCGCAUGCUCAGCAUGCGCAAGGUCCUGGGUUCAAUCCCCAGGACCUCCUCAGAAAAUAAAUAAAUCUAAUCACCUCCCCCGCCACACACACACACACACACACACACACACACACACACGCACAAAGAAUAUCAAGUAUUGGUGACAAUGGGGAGCGGCUGGAACUCCCCUACACUGCUGGUAGUAGUGAGAAUUGGUACAACCUCUUGGGGAAACGUUUGUCCUUCUCUGCUAACGCUGAGCCCGUGAGCCGGCCGUUCCAUGUACCCAGCAGAAGCACGCACGCAUGCGCACCACAUGUAGACAAGACUGUUCAUAGCAGCACUCGCCGCAGGGGCUGAAAAAGGGAACCUGCCCAAAUGCCCAUCAGCAGUAAGGCAGCUAACAACAAGGUCCUACUGUCCAGCACAGAGAACUACACUCAGUAUCUUAUAAUAAAACAUCGUGGAAAAGAAUAUAUACAUAUAUAUAUGCAUAACUGAAUCACUAUGCUGCACACCAGAAACUAACACAACAUUGUAAAUCAACUAUACUUUAAUUAAAAAAAAAAAAACAGUAAGAAAGGUGAAGGGACUAUAGGUUAUUCACGCAAUGGAAGAA